AUGAGCGCGGUGCYGGYCUUCCUGAAUGUGGUGGACAUAGCAGGACUGGUGAAGGGAGCUCACGCUCCCCAGGGCCUGGGCAACGCCUUCCUGUCCCACAUCAGUGCCUGCGAUGGCAUCUUCCACAUGACACGUGCGUUUGCAGAUGAGGACAUUGUCCACGUGGAGGGCAACGUGGACCCAGUGAGGGACAUUGAGAUCAUCCAUGAGGAGCUGAGACUGAAGGAUGAGGAGAUGAUCGGGCCCAUUAUGGAGAAGCUGGAAAAGGUGGCCGUGAGGGGAAGCGACAAGAAACUCAAACCUGAAUAUGACGUAAUGCUCAAAAUCAAGAACUGGGUAGCGGAUGAAAGGAAACAUGUCCGCUACUGUCGCGAUUGGACUAAGAAAGAGAUCGAAGUGUUGAACAUACUGUUUUUACAUCCCAAGCCAAUGAUUUACCUCAUUAACCUCUCAGAGAAAGACUACAUCAGAAGAAAGAACAAAUGGUAAGUAAAAAUAAAAACUUGGGUAGACAGUCACGACCCCGGGGCGCUGGUCAUCCCCUUCAGCGGAGGAGUGGAGAGUCUCCUGCAGGACAUGAGUGAAGAGGAGAUUAAGAAGUACUGCACCGAGCACAAGACUCAGAGCGUUCUGACAAGGAUCAUCAAGGCUGGCUAUGGAGCCCUACAGUUGGAGUACUUCUUCACAGCUGGACCAGAUGAGGUCCGUGCGUGGACCAUCCGGAAAGGAACCAAGGCUCCACAGGCAGCCGGCAAGAUCCACACGGACUUUGAGAAGGGCUUCAUUAUGGCUGAAGUAAUGAAAUUYGAGGAUUUUAAAGAGGGAGGCAGUGAGAACGCUGUCAAGGCAGCGGGGAAAUACAGACAACAGGGAAAAACCUACGCUGUGGAGGACGGAGACAUGAUCUUUUUCAAAUUCAACACGCCGAACCUGCCCAAGACUAAGAAGUGACUCAGUCGCAGUCUGUCGGCUACCAGAAUGGACUGUGCCGUUAGAGAAUUCUUCUUUGUUUUAGACAGAAUGAAGCUGGAGAUUGAUUGCUACCUKCCAAGUCGGCUCAGUCCUUCCUACUGGCCACACUGCCACAUUAUCCCUGUUUAUUUUCUGUCCAGGAGAAUUCUAUACAAUCCCCCUUGCCAAAGCACAGGUCCACUAAACACUGACAGCUUUGCUAUUUAAGAUCAGGAUGGCCCCCCCUCUCCAAAUGGUAGGAGCAUUUGAAGAAGAGUAUUACUCUCUUGAUACUUCAUUAAUCUCCAUCACUGGUGCCAGGCCUGACACAGCUGACAGCAGGGACAAUGCGACCUGCUCCUCUCCUCCUUCCAGAGAUAAUGCAUGUUUUACAGUAGCCCAGAUGUCUACACUCAAUAAAACAUUUGACAAAACCA